AGCCAUACAAAGGAAAUAUCGUGAAAAUGUGGCCGUUUCACAACGAGUGUACCAGUAAAACAAGACUCGUAGGAAAGACUGCAGUUAUAACAGGAGCGAAUACUGGAAUCGGCAAGGAGACCGCUAGAGAUCUCUAUCAUAGAGGAGCAAGAGUUAUUUUGGCUUGUCGAGAUACAGAAAAAGCAAACGACGCACUUGAAGAUAUAAGAAGAAAUCCUCCUUCAAGAGCAAACAGGAAACAGUUUCAAGGUAAUCCAGGUGAACUUGCGAUUUAUCAUUUGGAUCUCUGCAGCCUCAAAAGUGUAAAAAAAUGUGCUAAAAACUUGGUGAAAAAUGAAUCAGCUAUUCACCUGCUGAUAAAUAACGCUGGUGUGAUGAUGUGCCCGCAAGAAAAGACUGAAGACGGAUUCGACUUGCAGCUGCAAACAAACUAUCUCGGUCACUUCCUUCUAACACUUUUACUGCUACCUAAAAUACAAUCCUCCGAUUUUGGUUGUAGAAUAGUGAAUGUUUCGUCUUGUAUGCACACAUUUGGCGCUAUACAUGAGGAUCUAAAUUUGGAAAAAACAUACACUCCCUUCAAAGGGUAUGCGCAAAGUAAGUUAGCGACCGUAUUGUUCACCAAGGAACUCGCUCGUCGGUUAAAAGAGGCACACAUCUACGGAAUAAACGUAUAUUCUUUGCAUCCUGGAGUUGUAACGACAGAAUUGGGAAGACAUUUUAGUACAACAUUAUUUCCAGGUGCAAGUACUCUUUUUCAAACGUUUACGCGACCAAUUUUAAAGAAUCCUGAACAAGGUGCACAAACGACUAUAUAUUGUUCAGUGGCCGAAGAGGCAGCUAACGAGUCUGGUCUCUACUAUAAAGAAUGCGGCGUUGCGACUCCACAUUGGCGAGCACAAGAUAAUCAAAUUUCUGAAAAUUUGUGGAAUCAAACCUGUCAACUUCUAAAUUUGGAAUCUGAUGAAGACUUCCAGAGGUUCUUAAAAAUAUUAUUAAUUUGGAAUCAAAUUAAUAAUAUUUUUAUCGCAAAGUUGUAAUAAUAUA